AUGAAGGGUCCUCCAGUCAUGUUUCUGAAAAGGAUUUUACCGCACAUCCUUCUAGUAACGCUGGCUCAGAGCAACUAUCAGGUUUACGGAUUUGAUGCCACUGAUUGUCCAGCUGAAAUUCAAGUUAAAAGAAACUCCCAGUACACAAGUUAUCUUGGGAACUCUUUGGUUAUAUACUGCCCAGUUCAUUACUGCAAGGAGAGGCCAGUCAUGCAGUGGUGCAAGAUAGAAGGGAAUGAAUGUGUGCUGCUGAAAGAAAGCAAAGUCGAAUGGAAGACCAGUAAGAAGUUUAUUCUGGAGUUCUUCUCAAUUCAUCAUAAUGAUAGUGGAACUUACCGUUGUCGAGCAACAGUGGGCACCUUGUCCAGUGAGAGCCAUGGAAUAAGGGUUAUUGUUGAAGAAAAGCCUGCAAACAUUACAACAGGUUCAACAGAAAAUCCCACUACUAUCUCAGAAGAUUCCCAAGAAUCUGGAAAUGACAAGAUAUUGCACAUUAUUUAUGCUGCAUUAUCCUUGCGUCUAUGUUGUCCACUCAUCUUCAUAUGCAUGUUUUGGUUUCUAAGGUGGUACCAUGCAAAGCAAAAGAGAGCUCCGUUAACCCCACAGAGACAAGAGAGCCUGGUCAGAGGUCCAGUAGCUGCUCCACACCACGCUGCUGGGACAACGCAAGAUUCAGACGAAAGCUCCUCACUUUACUACUGCUCCAUGGUGAGCCUCUGGCAGCUCUCCGAUGGCAGUGCAACUUAUAACGAUGUGCCUCACCGGGAUGCUCACAGGACAGCACCUCCUAAGCCUCCUGCUACCCCUUCUAUCCCAGCUGCACCUGAAAGCCCAGAUGUCCUCGUUUAUGCUGCACUAAAUCAUUCUGCUUCUGCAGAAAAAUGCCAGAGAAAGCAGCCAAUGGUAGAAAGUGAACUUACUGAAUAUGCCUCCGUUAAUGUAAAAAACAGACCUGCCCAGGACUUCUCCAGUCACCCACUUUGCACGCAGUCCCAGGUCUAGCUCCCCUCUGGGACAUUGUUCCUUUGU